AUGAGACCGCGCUGGUGGAAUUCAACACCACCUAUCCGUACAAAGAUGGGCCCUUCUCACGAAGCUAUCCCCACAGAUGCGCGACCCAUUCCCUUGCCAGAGUUACCUGAGUUCGCGACCGGUUCCCCCAGGAGCAGUGACCCUGAGCUCGAGUCUCUCCCCAAUGGCCUCACCCACUCGCUGUGGCUGCCGCAGUCUCAUGCCUCCGAUUCAACAACGAGGCGUGUCUACCGUGGCUUCGCAGACGAGAAGGAGGCCACCUUCUUUGCCUGCUGUCGCCAGUAUCCAAAGGCCGUCGGCUGGUCACUGCUGCUCUUCCUAACUGUUGUUAUGGAAGCUUAUGAUAAGUCCCUCGUAACUGGUCUCUUCGCCUUUCCUGCAUUCAGGCGUAAAUAUGGCGAGCCGACUAUGCCCCCGGGCACCCCGGCGGAUGAGCAGAUGUAUGAGAUCUCACCUUCAUGGCAGAUGGGCUUGCAGAACGCUGCCAUUGUGUGUGAGAUUAUAGGACUUUUGGCACACGGUUACAUCACCGAUCUCAUCGGAUAUCGAAAGAUGAUGCUCGUCAGUUUGUUCUGGAUGUGCAUCGCCGUGUUUCCCGCCUUUUUUGCCGAUAGCAUCGGCGUCCUGUUAACCUCGCAAGCUCUCUCAGGCCUUUCAUGGGGAGUAAUAGAAAUCCUAGCUGCCACAUAUGCAGCCGAGGUUGUACCAAACGCCCUUCGUCCCUUUGUCCUGAGCAGCAUCAACAUGUGCUGGCUCGUCGGGCAAGUCAUCGGCACGGGCAUCCUUCGUUCUCUCGUACACGAAACUUCUCAAUGGUCAUAUCGUCUUCCUUUCGCACUCCAAUGGGCCUGGGCAAUACCGUUGUUAUUCGGUGUCUGGUUUGCCCCGGACAGUCCUUGGUGGCUUAUUCGUCAUGAACGAAUAGACGACGCCAAAAGAGCGCUUACUCGCCUCUCUAAUAAAAAUAAUACCGAUAUCGAAGAUUCAAUCUCACUAAUGAAACACACGAACAAAAUGGAGAAGGACUCCAACUACGGAGGAGCAAACUAUAAAGAUCUAUUCACAGGAGUCAACCGUCGCAGGACCGAAAUCGCCUGCGUGGCCUGGAUGUGCCAGGCCUUCAGCGGUUGGUCUCUCACAUCAUACGCGCCAUACUUCUUCGAACAGGCCGGCUUCAGCGCUUCCAUCUCCUUCAACCUCUCGACCGCCUGCUACGGCGUCGGCAUCAUCGGCGGCAUCAUAUCCUGGACCCUCCUCCCCUUCGUGGGCCGCCGAAAACUCUAUAUUUACGGACUCAUAGCACCCAUAUGCCUCUUGACCGCUGGCGGCGUGGUCUGGGUUGUGCUGAGCGACCGCGCUGGCGCUAAUUGGACUCUGGCCGGCUUAAUCGUCGCUAUGACCUUCGUGUACGACAUGACGAUCGGCCCCGUCUGCUACAUCGUCGUCGCCGAGAUUCCCUCUACGCGCCUCCGAGUCAAGACCGUUGCUCUCGCGCGGGUGACAUACAACCUCUGCCUGGUCUUCAACAACGUCAUCAUGCCCAAGAUGCUCAACCCGUCCGCGUGGGACAUUGGUGGCGCGUCGUGCUUCCUCUACGCGGGGACGAGCUUCUUCUGUCUGAUAUGGUGCUACAUCAGACUGCCCGAAACGAGGAACCUGACAUACCUCGAGCUGGAUAUCUUAUUUGAGAGAAAGGCGCCCACGCCCAAGUUCAAGGAGCUUCAGGAUAGGCUUGAGGAUAGUGCGUAUCUCUCCAUGACGAGAGCGGAACGGUUAACGAAUUGGCAUGGCUGGCUGGCUUACUCAUAA